GUGGAGGCAAACUGGUCGGACUGAUCCAACUCCCCACACUCCCCCCCUUCCCUCCUUUACUUGGUAUGUUGCUGGCUGGUCUGGUGCUGCGUAACGUCCCGUAUGUAACGGAGGCGGUCCACAUUGAGCAGGCCUGGUCAGCAGCUCUGAGGAACAUCGCUCUGGCCAUCAUACUGACCCGUGCUGGACUGGGCCUCGACCCUUCGGCUCUCCGCAGGCUCAAGGCGGUGUGUGUGCGUCUGGCAGUAGGACCGUGUACAGUGGAGGCCUCGACAGUCGCUGUGAUGUCUCACUUCCUGAUGGGCCUGCCCUGGGUCUGGGGAUUCAUACUGGGGUUUGUUCUGAGUGCUGUUUCUCCAGCGGUGGUGGUUCCCUCCAUGUUGCUGCUCCAGAAGGACGGCUACGGCGUGGAGAAGGGAAUCCCCACUCUGUUGAUGGCUGCUGGGAGUUUUGAUGACAUCCUGGCCAUCACAGGGUUCACCACCUGUCUGGGUGUGGCCUUUGCCUCGGGUUCUAGUUGGUAUAACCUGGGGAGGGGGGUGCUGGAGGUGGGAGGAGGAACAAUCAUCGGAAUCAUCCUCGGAUUGUUCCUCCGUUUUUUCCCCAGCAGUGACCAAGAGGAUGUGGUAUUGAGGAGAAGUGCGAUGUUGCUGGGUCUGUCUGUGUUUGCCGUGUUCGGGAGUCGAGUGGCUGGUUUCCCGGGGGCUGGAGGUCUCUGUACUCUGGUCAUGGCCUUCCUAGCUGCCCUGGGCUGGGGGACAGAGAAGGCCCCAGUAGCAGCAGUGGUAGGGAGGUUCUGGGAUAUCUUCCAGCCGCUGCUGUUUGGACUGAUAGGAGCGGAAAUAACAGUGUCUACACUGGACCCCAACACAGUUGGUCUGGGUCUGGUCUGUAUCAGUGUAGGCCUGGUGGUUCGUGUUCUCUUAACUCUAUCUGUGGUUAUGUUAGCUAGUUUCACUCUGAGAGAGAAGCUCUUUAUCGCUUUGGCCUGGAUCCCCAAAGCAACCGUACAGGCAGCGAUAGGUUCUACAGCUCUGGACAUGGCCCGUGUGUCGGGGGAUGAGGUUCUGGUGAGGUACGGUCUGGAUGUUCUCACUGUGGCUGUUCUGGCCAUCCUCACCACAGCACCUAUAGGAGCUCUGGGGAUCGGCCUGGCAGGGCCCAGACUACUGACAAGACACCCGGAGGACACAGACAGGACAGAGGGUGACUUGGAGGCAGAGACGGAGACGCCACAGAAAGACGCUGUCACCUUCGAGAGCAAAUUAUAACGAGAUGAGAGUAUAGGAGAGGAGAUGGGAGGGACGGAGAAGGGACGGGAAGA